AUGUCCAUCGACGUCGACUGGGCUAGAGCCACCUCCGGUCCGGACGGUGAAGCUCUAGCAGAGCGCAUUCGCUCCUUCGUCCACGACAAGUUUCAGCAAAUCCCGCUCCCACGCUUCAUCCGCUCGGUUCAGUGCCAUGCUUUUGACUUUGGUACUAUCGCUCCGGACCUGGAGAUCAAGGAUUUCUGUGAUCCUUUCUCUGAUUUCUACGAGGAGGACGAUGAUGACACUUCUGCCACCUCCGAGGAGCUGAUUGGCGAUCAAUGGUCCGGUCAACAUUCGGAUUCCGCAUACGAUGACGACUUGGCACAUCCCCUCCACCAUCACCACACCCAUCAUAAUCCUCACCACCACCAACAUCAUGUGUACCCCGGGGAAGGGUUUCAGCCUUCAGCUCUGCGGUCUCCGCUCCCGCUAGGAGAUCAUCUCAACUCACACCUUCUUCCACGCGCAAGCACCCCGGGCAUCCCCGGGGGCACGUCGACUCUGGGAUACCAUCUCAUGUCCCUAGGGGGUCUUUCGGGGACCCAGACACCCCUCGCAGCUGUCGCUGGCGCCACUCCCUUCGCCAGUAACUGGUCAGACUAUGGGCUAGGCCACAACGACCGGCCACGGCACCUCUCCCGGACCAGUGGUCUCUAUUCCCAUCCAGACGCGGAUACCGACCCCGCGCAUUCCGCUUCCAGACCGUCAACGGGCGAGCCGGGAAGCAGCGGAUCACAUCGUAACAGCGCUGGCUCGGCGGAUAUCCCCAAGCCAUCAGAUCCAGAAGAAGGCCCCAUUGACCCGUCGGCGCCCAUUCCACCUCGAAUGCGCGAGCGGCGCCCAGAAGACUUUCAAAUACUCUGUCAUGCCAAGUACGCCGGCAAUAUCCGCCUGUCUUUGACUGCAGAGAUCUUACUCGACUACCCAAUGCCCAGCUUUGUCGGAUUACCCUUGAAGUUGAAUGUCACGGGCAUCACCUUUGACGGGGUGGCUGUGGUCGCGUAUAUUCGCAAGCGUAUUCACUUCUGCUUCUUGUCCCCCGAGGAUGCCGAUGCGCUGCUGGGUGCCGAGGGUCAGAAUGAAAGCACUCGCCCGCAAGGCGAUGACGGCCGACCCCGAUCGGGCGGAGAUGCAAAGCGACAGGGUGGGCUGCUGCAGGAGAUCCGGGUAGACAGCGAGAUUGGUCGCAAGGAGAAUGGCAAGCAAGUGCUGAAAAAUGUCGGCAAGGUGGAGCGCUUCGUUCUUGCUCAGGUGCGACGUAUCUUUGAAGAGGAAUUGGUCUACCCGAGCUUCUGGACAUUCCUCAUCUAG